GAGAAUCCGACCUUCGUUCCGUCGUACGCCACACGCACUUAUGAGGAACAACCACAGAACCUUCUAUGGCCAGCUUCGGGUCCUUCAGUUUGGAACCCCCUUUCAAACGGGCCGGUCUUGGGCCCCAUUUACCCGUCUACUGUGGGCAGUAUCUCAGGCAGUCGUGCCGAAAUUCAAUACGCAAAUCCGUUGCCUCCUCCCAGUGCCAUCGACGCGUCGUCCUCCUCUUCCCCAUACAAGCUUGAUCCCAUGUUGCCAGCUUCGCAAUUGCCUGUCGUAAAUCAUCAUUAUCCUGAGCAGCAAAAUAUUAUAUCGGGCUUUCCUGUGGGUACGGCUCAGGUGUGUGUUGCUCAGCCGACUACAGAACCAUGUGUACCAGAAGCUUCAAGUACAACUGCGGUAGUGAAGCCCGAAUCAAAACCGAGGGCAAAGUGCAAGUAUCCGGACUGCAGAUCAACAUUUGCACGAAAAUAUGAUGUCGAGAGGCACGAAAGGAACGUUCACGACCGCACAGUAAAUAUACUUUGCCCAGUAUACGGGUGCAAUCGGGCCACAAAACCGUUUGCCAGGCUGGACAAGUUUCAAGAGCAUUUCAGGCACAAGAAGCACGUCUCUGCUGGAAAACUCAUGUGCCCAGUUGAUGGAUGCAGCUUUGGUCCCGGAAACCGUACGCAAUUAGAACAGCAUUUGAUUUCUCAACCUCACCCUAGUUGUGCAAAACAGCCGCAUCUUAUAGGUAUCAUAAGAACGUUACAGAUCAGGGAUCCGAAGUAUCUUCUUCAGCGAAGAUUGAAAGGAGAAGACGCUUGUCCUUUGAGGAUAGCGGGGAUCGCGACAUACCAUGCUUCGCAGGCGCUUCUGGCUCGGUAGAAGACGCGGGGCAUCAAUCUUGACCUUCCGAAUCCCGUUUCAUUUCGUUCGAUUUCACCAUCACUCGGUUCUGUUUUCGCACUUUGCUUCUCGUCGCCUGGUUUCCUAACUAUCACUCAUGUCAACAGCCCGUUCUCAUUUGUUCGCACCUAUGACUUGUCUCCUAGGUACCGCCUGCUGUUCUUUGAUUUUGAUUUCUUUGGUUAGAUGGCAGAAGGAUGGGAAUAUACAAACUCCUCAACG